CACACACACAGGACAAAAUGACUGUGUGCGGGGCUGGUGGAAGCGGGCGCAUGUCCGCUAUUUACGAACACCCACUGUCCUGACGGAUCGAAAGAGCUCGGCGCUUUGGGUUUUGGCAUGUUUGGGUCAGCGAGCGGAGCUGAAACAUGGCGCCGUCCGGAUCGCGCAGCGCCAAGCGGAAGUGUCAGCGAGUAGUACACUGGAUCCCCGUGCUGUUCGUGUGCGCGCUCGUGGCGUGGUCCUACUACGCGUAUGUGGUACAGCUCUGCGUAGAAACAAUUGAAAACAUGGGAGAGAAAGUAUUUUACCUCAUGGCGUAUCAUGUCUCCUUUAUCAUGUUUGUAUGGUCAUAUUGGCAAACCAUCUUCACCAAACCAAUGAACCCGCUCAAAGAGUUCCACCUGUCACACACUGACAAAGAACUGCUGAAGCAGGAGGAUCGCGCUGAAUCUCAACAAGAGAUUCUGCAAAGAAUAGCCAAGGAUUUACCUAUAUCCACUCGCACAACGUCUGGAGCUAUUCGCUACUGUGAUCGAUGUCAUCUGGUGAAACCUGACCGAUGUCAUCACUGCUCAGUCUGUGAUAAGUGCAUCUUGAAGAUGGAUCACCAUUGUCCAUGGGUGAACAACUGCGUGGGCUUUUCAAAUUACAAGUUUUUUACACUUUUUCUUGCAUACUCGUUGCUCUACUGCCUGUUUAUCACUGCGACAGACCUGCAGUACUUCAUUCAGUUUUGGACCAACGGCCUGCCAGAUACUCAAGCCAAGUUCCACAUUAUGUUCCUGUUCUUUGCCGCCUCCAUGUUCUCAGUCAGUCUGGCUUCUCUGUUUGCUUAUCACUGCUGGCUAAUUUGCAAAAAUAGAUCCACCUUGGAGGUCUUCCGUGCACCUGCCUUCCUUCAUGGAGCCGACAAAAACGGCUUCAGUCUCGGAGUAAGCAAAAAUUUCCGCCAAGUUUUCGGGGAUGAAAAGAAAUAUUGGCUUCUGCCUGUGUUUUCCAGCCAAGGCGAUGGAUGCUCCUUCCCCACGUGUCUUGUGAACCUUGACCCAGAACAGCCUGCCUCACCAUCUGGACAUGCUGUCAAAAGUGAUGGAGAAACCCAUCAUUUUCCCUCUAAACCUUUGAGAGAAUCUCAAAGCCGACUGCUGAGCAAUGGACAGACAUGGACUGAGAGUGAUGAGACAGAGGAACAAGACAGAGAAGGUGGGACUGGCGCAAGCAACCCGGCCAUGAGUAUAGAGAAAGAAACAUAGUUUGGUCUCGGUGCUGACUUUUCUCUGUGCUGUUUAAGGAAACAAGAUCCCUGUUUGGUCGUGUGUGUUUUCUGUGGAACAACGAAGACACUACCUUCUGCUGCAGGAAACGUCCACUAUCCAGUGGGUUUCCAUGUUAUUGCUUGAGCAAGGUGCUUCUUACUAAAAGCUGACUGUUCAAUGUUAACCGGAGUGUCUAUGGUCAUUAGGACCUCUACAGUCGUCUGUAGAAGGAUUGAGACUUUGUGUGUAAUACUGUGCCUAAAUCAACACAAAAAAUGGUGCACUCUCAGAUACAUCACAUCAAAGUGAUUAUUAACAGCUAAUGCCUUGUUUAUACCUUGUGAACGUGUUUGAGGCUAACUUGAAUAUGAUGUUGGGAUGAUACUGUGGUUUUGUGCAUGCUGUGUGGUGCAUAUGUAUGUUAUCGAAAGUUACAAAGAAAACUGAGGAAUUCUUAAUACCUAAUUGGUGUCAUGAAUCGCUGACAAAAUGUAGCAAAGUCUGAACAAAUGGCACUUUUUUAUGCUUCGGAUGUUUGCAUGUUUAGGCAGAUGUUUGUAUUUUUAAUGAUGUACAUGUUAUGAUGAUAAGCUGUUUCAUUUGCCCUGUGUAUCUUUCAUCCUUCUUAAAUUCUUCAACAGAGAAUAUAUAUUACGGUGCUGAGAUAUUUUGUGCACGUAACAUGAACACAGCCCCUUUUUUUUUUUGCAGGACCAUACAAACUGGUUUUAAAUUUAAGCCACUAAAGGAAUUGAAGUACACAUGAAACCAGUGAAAUGAAUUUCCACUCAUAAGCACAGAGAGAGACACACAGUUAGUUCUUUUGCACUUCAGAUUAAUUUUGGCAGUUUAAUUAACAGUGCAAUGCAUUAAGAAUAAUGUCUGAAAAUGUAGGUCUGUUUUGAUUUUGCAGUUACUGUAAAUGGCUAAAAGUAUGCGGUUGUUUUUUUUUAGACAAAACAGCCAAAAAUGAGGUCUGGUCUGUUAGAAUGAGCAUUUAUAUGAUUGUAUGUACAAAACCAUAUACCAUGAUUGUGUGCACCAUUUUGAAAUCUGUUUAUAAGUUUUUUUGGCACCACCUUAUAACAGCAUGUCUAUUGUAAAAAUGUGUUGAUUUUGUGCAUGAAAAACAUGCAAUGUGCCACAUUUCUGAAAAGCAAAAUAAGUGUUUGGUGUCUCAAUAUCUACAGUGCCCUCCAGAAUUAUUGGCACAUUUCUUUACACAAUGAAACCCAGUUUUUAUCUUUGUUCUGACAAAAAUAUCAUGCAAAUAAUCUCCAUUUUCUCACAAAUCUGUUAAUUAAUACGGCAAAAGAUUAUUGACCCCUAAUGAAUAUCUUUACUUUAAAGGCUUAUUUUAAAAUGUAUUUUCAGCACAGAGAGAGAAAAAUCAUGUCACAGAUAUAAAAUACUUAAGCAGUUUAAAAACAAACUUCAGCAUAAUUGAGGCCAAAGAGUGUUUGUGUAGGAAAAUUCCCAAGAAAUGAAACCAUGAACACAUUCCCACUGUUCAGUGAGGAGGAGAAUGAAGGAAGAAAAAAGUUCAGAUUUUGAAUUGCAGUUUUGUGAUUCUUGUGGUUGUCAAGUAUCUUAAGUGUUAUUUUUUUUAAAACAAAAGCAUAUUAAAGGAGCAGUUCCUGACGCUUCAUCAUUGUCAUCAUGAGCUGUGGUCAGUUGGAGGUGGUAUUUUUGAGCAAUUUUGCAAAUAGAGGUCCAAGUCUUGUGAAGAUUAAUGGCAUCAUGCUACAACAUCAGUGUGUGAUCUUUGACCAACAUCUUCGAACGAAGCUGAACACUCCAGUCUGAGUGGACAGCUUAUGUGCACAAACCUAAGAAUACAAAGGAACAACUUCUGCAUGGAAGAUCUCUACAGCAGGAGUUUUGUAAGAUAGUGUUUUGCUACUUACUGCAUGUUAAUGUCUCUCUAAUCUAAAAUGUUAACUUUCAUCAUGAAAAGCAAUAAUUCUGGAGGGCACUUUUUACAUUUUCACACUUUAUUGCUCACUCAGAUUAAACUAUUGCUCAUUUAUUUGGGGGAAUCAUGUAAUUUUACACUAUAGUGUUAGAAAACAAGACAUCUUAAGAACUAAAUGUGCUGGAGUGUUUUUAUCUGUUUAUAAUCAAAGGACGUGCAGUGUUUCAACACAUCCUUCACAAACAGACAAUGCUAUACACUGUAACCCAUGUUCUGGUAUAAUUUAGCUCCUGUUUCUUUUUCUGUUUCAUCAAAACCAGUUAAUAAGC